ACACACUCCUCAGAAAGAAAAUCCCCCAUGUUGAUUUUGACCAAUUUGUGACACGCUUCUCUUUUCUCCCUUUCUCCUUCUCUAAAAUCUCUCUGUCACAUUAGGUUUUUUCACAUUUCCACAAACAAAUUUUCCAGUAAAUUCAUUCAACGAACACGUCUUUCCUGUUCUCUGGACAACUUUUUUGUUUAAUCUUCAAUAAGUACUUUCUUUUUGGUAUCAAAAAAAGAAAAAGAAUGAAGACAUCGUUGAAGAAAUUGCGAGGAUUGGCUAAUCUCAGACACGAAAGAAAAGAACGUAGGCUUCGUCAGCCAUCUGACGAGCUCGCUAUGGCUGCUCAGGAUAUGCAAGAAAUGAAAGAUUGCUACGAUAGGUUACUUUCUGCGGCAGCUGCCACUGCUAAUGGUGCUUAUGAGUUUUCCGAAUCGUUGCGAGAAAUGGGCGACUGUCUUCUUGAGAAAACGGCAUUGAAUGAUGACGAAGAAAGCGUUCAGCUUCAGAGACUUGUAGAUAACUAUCGCUCUCAUAUUAUCCAGACCAUCUCAGUCCCCUCAGAAUCCCUUAUCAAUGAACUGCGCAUAGUUGAGGAAAUGAAGAUGCAAUGUGAUGAGAAGAGGGAAGUGUAUGAGAAGAUGGUGCAAAAGUACAGAGAUAAAGGCAGGAUAAAAGGAACUAAAGGAGAAAGUAUUUCUUCCCACCAGCUACAAGUUGCUUACGAGGAAUAUGAUGAGGGGGCUAAUGUUUUUGUAUUCCGUAUGAAGUCCCUCAAGCAAGGACAAUCCCGCAGCCUUUUAACACAGGCAUCUCGACACCAUGCUGCUCAGUUAUCUUUCUUCAAGAAAGCCCUCAAGUCCCUUGAGGAGAUUGAGCCACAUGUCAAAUUGGUGACGGAUCUGCAUCAUAUUGAUUACCACUUCCGCGGGCUUGAAGCAGAUGAUGCUGGCGAUGAGGAUGAAGAUGAAAACAAUUCUGAGGAUGACUCUGAAUCACUUGAUGAUGGUGAACUGAGUUUUGACUAUGGACAGAAUGACCAGAUGUAUACAUCAAACCAUUCAAUGGAGUUGGAUAAGGUGGAUGUUCCAGUUCCUGAAGUUGCUUCAAAGGGUGCUUCAAAGGAAAAUCUCAGUAAGAGUCACGGUGGGAACAGUUUUUCCUUCUUCAGGGAUGUCAACAGCACUAAAUCAGCACCACUUUUGUCUGGGAGGAAAGUAGAUCCUGCUGAGGGUGCUCCACGAAUGACUUCGUCACUCUCAAACAAGUUUCAACCAUAUGUUCUACCCACACCAAUUGAGGCAAAGAUUCCAGAUUCAGUAAAAUCGUCUAAUAUAGACCCUCAAACAAAGCAAACUAAGACUACUAGUGUAGUUCAGACGUGGCAUUCCUCCCCUUUGGAUCAGUUCCAACAUGAAAAGCUUGUGGCAGGUGAUAAAUUAUCUGGACCUGUCAUCUUGACUGCACAAUCACUUCCCACAGAGAGCGAAAAUAAUGCAAAUACUGGUUGGUUGCCCCCUCCACUGUCAGAAGGCCUCUCAUCUGCACAGCAUGAUUUGUCCAGUGUUAAAAAGGUCAAGAGACAAGCCUUUUCUGGUCCAUUGACGGCGAAGCCAUGGCCAAAGAAGCCCGUCGUUUCUUCUGGUAGUCCAAUUGCCUCGACUGGAUUCCCUCUGCAUUUUUCUUUGCCUUUCUUGCAUACUUCACCGCCUGAGCCUUCAUCGACCCCCAAAUUGACUUCACGUACUUCUCUCAUGUCAUCACCUAAAAUAAGUGAGCUACAUGAACUACCUAGACCACCAGCUAAAUUAUCCUCUAUAAGACCCUUACGUCAGGUUACUCAUUCAGGACCUUUAAUCUCAAAAGUCCAGGAACUUUCUGCUACAAAUAAAGCGGCAGUGUCUUCAGCUGCUUCUACACUACCAACACCUCCAGCUCUUCCUCGUAGUUACUCCAUACCAUCUAGGGGCCAGAUGGAAACAACACUUCAUGUUUCUAAGCCCCUGGAAGAUAUGGUUUCGCCUCCUUUAACGCCAUUAGCCUUGGGGAAGAACCACCAUACUUCCCCUGCCUCAUAGCCUCCAAACUAGCUAGUCAAAUUAAAGGUUUAACUAAGAGAGCCACCAGUGAUUUUCUGGCUUCUCAAAGGAGCUUAAUCAUUUUAUCAGUGCAAUCCAGUUAGGAUGACACAGCAUUUUGCUAGGGUAUCCUAAUGUACAAGUUGAGUCUUCUGUUGCUUCUGAUAUACGGUAGCAUUUUGUUUUUGCCGUAAAAGUAUAUCUGGUUUGCUUUUCUCAUGAGAUGCAGUAGUCUUCACCUUGUAACUAUUUGUUGCUUCUAUGAGACCACAAUAAGUGGCUUAGAUAGUUGGUUUGAAAUCUUCUGUAAAUAUCUUACAAGUAGCGUAUUAAGAUGGAGAAAGGAGUCCCAAGAAGGGAGAAUAUGAAACUCUAGAAAUAAUAUGUUUCGUUUACUUCUUGGUAAGUUGUAACAGGUUGGAUAAUUGCAGUUCAACUGACAUGCUAAUAAUUUUAGUGAAAGAAAUGGAACAUUUCAAAAUUCAAGCUUA